AUGCGCUGUGUAUCCUCAAUUACACUGAUCUUGACAAGCCUUGGUGCUUGCUCAGCACUCAAUUCGAGUGCGAGUCACGUCAACGACUCGAGUGGAAGCAAAUCCGUCCAUCGCUCAGAUCUUAGUGUGAUCACCCCAGCUACAAAAAAUUCGUCUAUCGAUGCAGUAGCGUCGCAGACUUACGAUAAACCUGAGCGUGACGGCAUUGACAAGAACAUUCACAGAGAAGAUGAGGAACGAGUCGAGUGGGGUAUCUUAUCUCCCCUUUUGAACUGGUUUAAAGGAAUUAAUGACGAGAAGAAGGAAGUCAGCACCUUAGCUCGUUCAGUGAAAUCGCAGAAGGGCAUAGAGUUGAUAAAUAAGCGGAAAGGGAAAAUGCCGGAUGAGAGCGAAGCAGUGAGGGCAGACGUCAGCGCGUUGUUUAGGAAGGCGAAAGGGACAACGUCGGAUAAAGGCAAUGCAGUGAUGCAAGAGUCGGAAGUGUUUAGCCCGCGAGAGAGCGAUCCGUUGAUCGAAGAGUCGGAAGCGACCACGUCGCAAACGAGCAAAGCAGCGAUGGUACGGUCGGAAUUAAGCACGCCUCAAGCGAACAAAUCGCCGUCGUAUGAAGAACAGGAUCCUGUACAGUAUGGACCAAAAGCUCAGACGAUGUGGGAUUUUUGCAGACAGCACCUGAUUGAAAAAGGUUUCGAACCGGCCAAGUAUGCAUUUGUACUUCGUGACCAAGCAUUGACGGAUUUUGAAGUUGUCAGUAAAACUAUCGAAACGGCGAUGGAAAAGUAUGUUUUCAGUCCGGAAAAAAAAAUUGUGGGUUUUUUGCUUGAAUUUCUCCCGAGAAAAAGAUGGUUUGGCGAUAGUACGCUAGGCCGUUGGUUGGACUAUCAGCUCGACGAUUUCAUUAAGUACUUUGACUAUAGUGAAAUGGCUGCUGGACAGAGGCUCUGUCAUGAUUACGCAGAUGCAGGCAUGGAAGAAGAGUUAUGGAUCAUACUUCGAAAGGCACGCCUUUUCACCAAUCAUAUUGCACCUGAUUUGUUGAACAACCCCGCGACACGCGAACUGAUGUUUCGAUUCAACAUAGAAAACGGUGUAAAAGGAGAAGUGUUUGGGAAAGCUCUACAUGAAACUGAAGACACUGAUGACGGCGAGAUCCUUCGUCAAUUAGCUUCCGCAAUUCUAGAGGAUCCGAAAAUGCCUGAGGCAGGUCAUCCGGAAAAAUUAAUGUCACUUGAUGUGGAAGAGCCUGAGACUCCUGUGUUGAGAACGCUUGCGUCAAAAGAUGAAAAGAAAAGCGUUUUCUAUUGGAUUUAUUCGAAGCCUGGAAAAUUUAUGAAGAUCUUUGAGGAGCAGCUGGGCAGUGACGACCAAGUGAGGCUUUUCCAAGGGGUUCUCAAUGAUAACGAUCAAGUGAGAUUGUUCAAAGCGGCUUUAAAGAACGACGAUCAGGUAACGUUGCUCAAAGAGAUUAUGCAAGAACGGAUGUCGGUCGAUGGAGUUGAUACACAAAGAAUGGCAAAGUUUGAAGCGGGUCUAAAGUGUCAAGAGGGUGUAAAGUGUAAAACACUGGAGUUGUUCAGAGCUGCUCUCUCGAAUGAUCGCACAGCAAAGAAUUUUCAAGUACUUCUGGAAAGUUCCUCGCCAAAAAAACUCUUCCAAAUUCUUGUAUCACACUGGUAUCGAAAAGAGUUUGCGCGCUAUUUGCGUAGAUAUAUCGAUAAAAGCAAUUAG